ACCGUUGCCUCCAGAAACAAGCCCGUCCCAGCGUCGCGAUUCUCCGUGGCGAAACACCUGUAACACUCAACACUCGUGAAAUCUCAUCACCUCCCGACACCCAUCUCUACAAAGUUUCAUACUCCACUUUUCACCAUGUCUGCCAAGUUGGACAAGUCUCUCGAUGAGAUCCUCGUCAGCCGUCGCCAGGGUGCCCGCCGUCGCGCUCGUCGCUCGGCUCCCAAGGCUGCCAACACUUCUGUCCCGGUCGGAGGUGUGAAGAAGACCACCAAGGCUGCCAAGGCGCCCGGAAAGGCUGUCCAGAAUGGACACCCGGUCUCUACGGAAAGCAAGAUCAUGGUCAGCGGCUUGCCUUCCGAUGUGAACGAGGCCAAUAUCAAGGAAUAUUUCACAAAGUCCGCAGGUCCUGUCAAGCGAGUUAUGCUCACUUACAACCAAAACGGCACGAGCCGUGGUAUCGCCUCGAUCGUGUUCAGCAAGCCCGACACAGCUGCCAAGGCUGCUAAGGACUUGAAUGGACUCCUCGUUGAUGGCAGACCCAUGAAGAUCGAGGUCGUCGUCGACGCCUCACACGCUCCUGAGGUCCCUGCCCCCAAGCCUCUGGGCGAGCGCGUUGCGCAAACCAAACCCCAACCGAAGCCCGCUACCGCUACCAAGGCUGCUGCUGGUGCCAAGGGCCGCAAGGGCCGCGCUCGUCGCCCUAACGGCCGUGGCAACCGCCCUAAGCCCAAGACUGUGGAGGAGCUUGAUGCUGAGAUGGUUGACUACUUCUCCACCACCAACGAGAAUGCUGGCCCUGCGGAGGGCAAUGCCCAAGCAAACGGUGCUGCUCCCCAGCAGCCUGCCGCUAACGGCGGCGAAGACCUCGGAAUGGCGGAGAUCUCCUAAAUAUCCCAUCUAACAUUUGACUCUACAUGACGGCGUGAGUCAAUUGUAUCGACUGCGAAGGGCCAGGCUUUGACUGGCCACUCGGCCAAUCUUUACGCACUCUGGGUCUGCCGGUUGGAUUCGAGUUUCAAGCUUUCGUUAUUUCAUCAUUGCUCUUCGGAUAUGUCUUUCUAGUUCGCUCUGUUCUUUUCUUUUUUUCAUAAUGUCGUCAGUGCUACUCGGAUAUCGUCGAUGGGAUGGGGAAAGCCAUGUAUUUAAUAUACUUGCUCAAUUGAAAACCAGCAAGCACAUGUUUCAUUGUAGUAGUUGAUUUCUAUAGUCCAUCGUUGUCAUGG